CCUCAUUUCCCACCAUCUCAACAACUCUUCUACCUCUACUUAAAUACCCUCUUCUUUCUUCAAUCUACAGACAUAUCAACUUUGCAAGUUUGAUUGUGUUGCUUUUCUUAAUAAUUAUCUACAUUUAAUUCCUUUCUUCUACAAAUUAAAGAUUCUUUAAAUCAACAAAACUUUCAAUCAAACUUCAAUCAAUAUGGUUCUUCACAACCCAAACAAUUGGCAUUGGGUAAACAAAGAUGCUUCAACAUGGGCAAAACAAUGGUUGGAGGAUAGCAUAAAGGAGGUUAAAGCAGAGGAGGAUGGUGUUACUGCUCAAUUGGAUAAAUUGAUUAGUAUGGAUGGAGAUGUUGAUGUCAAUCAACGAAAGGGAAAGGUCAUUACCAUAUUUGAUGUCAAGCUCGUUAUUGAGUAUUCAGGCAAAACCAAAGAUGAUGAAUCCGUUAGUGGUACCAUCACAGUUCCUGAAGUUGCUCAUGAUACAGAAGAAAAUGAGUAUGUUUUUGACAUAGAUAUUUAUUCCGAUGCCAAUUCCAAAGCUCCAGUCAAGGAUCUUCUUCGUGCAAAGGUCAUUCCACAACUUCGAAAACGAUUCGCUCAAUUGGGUCCUGCUCUUAUCACGGAACAUGGAAAGGAUAUUCAACAUGCUCCAGAUGCAAAUCCAGCUGCCAAAAUCACAGCCGCAAAGACAUAUCCUCACAAUGCUCCAAGUCAAUCUACAAGCACAUCUACCAACAAAGGUUCUUCUUUGGUAAACACAACUACUGUUACCGAUAACGAAGAAUUCAGAGCUCCAGCUUCAGAACUCUAUCAAACAUUUACCGAUCCUUCUCGAAUUGCCGCAUUCACACGCGCCGCUCCAAAAUUAUUUGAAGGUGCAAAGAAGGGAGGAAAAUUCGAACUUUUUGGAGGAAAUGUUUCUGGUGAAUACCUUGAACUUGUUGAACCAACAAAAAUCGUACAAAGUUGGAGACUUGAUCAAUGGCCACAAGGACAUUUCUCUAGAUUAGAGAUUAACUUUGAUCAAAAUGAUGUUGAUAAUGUUACGGUUAUGAGAGUUUCUUGGUCUGGUGUUCCAGUUGGUCAAGAAGAAGUUACAAAGAGAAAUUGGAGUGAAUAUUAUGUUAGAAGCAUCAAGCAGACUUUUGGCUUCGGCACAAUUUUGUAGAGGGAAUGAUGGUUAGAAUGGGGAAGUAAGGCGGUGGAUGAAUAAGGGGCAUAUACAUGGAGAGAUGAAUGGUUGAUGGAAGGCAAGCGAGCGAGCGAGCAACUGAACGAACGAAUGAAAGCAAACGAAUACCUAGAUGAAUACUGAAAUGAGCUCUUUUUUUAUUAUGAAUGAUGGAUGGAUGGAUGAAGGAGGGAAGGGAAUUCUUUUAGAUCACUAUAGAUGAAUCUACAUUGGCGUUGCUACUGUCACUUGCAAUGCGCACCAACUUGCUCGUGUAUA